AUGCCCCCCAUUGCGUUCCUUCACCCUGAUCUCGGCAUUGGAGGCGCUGAAAGACUCGUCGUGGACGCCGCCGUGGGCCUUCAGGACUUGGGCAACGACGUGACGGUGUUCACGUCUCACUGUGAUAAGAGCCAUUGUUUUGACGAGGUGGCGUCUGGAAAACUACGUGUGAAAGUGCAUGGCGACUUCUUGCCGACCCAGGUCCUCCAGAAAUUCCAUAUUUUGUUUGCUAUCUUGAGACAGUUGUUCUUGGUGGCUACGCUAGUGGUGACUGGCGAGGUGAGAAAGUAUGAUUACUUUGUGGUGGACCAGCUUUCGUUUGCGGUGCCUUUUUUGUCGGUUUUUUCGAAACCGGAGGCGAAGGUGUUGUUUUAUUGUCACUUUCCUGACCAGUUGCUUGUGAGGAAAGGUGGUUUGUUGAAGAAACUCUAUAGGGUUCCGUUCGAUAGGAUUGAGGAAUGGACUACGGGGACAAGUGACCAGAUCGUGGUGAACUCGUCGUUUACGAAACUGAUUUUUCAUAAGACGUUCACGAAUUUAGGGUAUGUGGACCCGAAGGUGAUUUACCCGUGUAUUGAUAAGACAGAGACGGUGGAUCCAGAUGCAGAGAAGGAAUUGGCUGAGUUUUUGAAGGGGAACAAGUUUUUCCUUUCUAUAAACCGGUUUGAACGGUUGAAGAACGUGCCGUUGGCGAUUAAAGCAUACGCUAAACUUAAGGAGCAGCACCUGGGUGAAAAGCUUCCGAAACUUAUCAUUGCCGGUGGUUUUGACCCUCGUGUGGCUGAAAAUGUCCAGCAUCUACGGGAACUCGAGCAAUUGUGUGAUUCCUCGGGCCUCAAACAUAAUACGUUUAGAGGGAGACUCGUGGUGAUGCCUACAUCUGUGGAAGUGCUCUUUAUGCCUUCUGUAAAGACAUCUUUGAAGAAUGCCAUGCUUAGGAAUACAGAGUUGCUUCUUUAUACGCCUACAUUUGAGCAUUUCGGAAUUGUGCCUGUGGAGAGUAUGUUGAAUAGAACGCCAGUGUUGGCUAUCAACUAUGGUGGACCUUUGGAGUCCAUUGUUAACUACGACGGUUCCAAUUUGGACGAAGCUACAGGCUUCAACCGUGAAAACGACGUGGACGCGUGGGCAUCUGUUUUGAAGGAAAUUGCUUUCUCCAGUGACUCCGAAAAGAGCAAAGUCAUGGGUGAAAACGGAUACAAAAGAGCUACUUCUUUAUUCAGUCGUGAGGAAAUGAGCGAAGCCUUCUACCAGGGCUUGCUCGAUGCAUCUAAAUCAACUGCCGAUAAAGGCACUAUAUACAAUUUGUUGGCGCUUUGGAAGAUAUGGGUCGGUGCCAUCAUCAUUGCCGUUCUGGCUGUGGUCUAUAAGUUGUUGGUUUAA